ACAACUUUAACGAAAUUGAGUCUGGUUCCUACUUCUGCGAAGUUCACGGCCAAGAAUUUCACAUGCAGAUGAUAUACAAACAAGGAAAAUGGAAAUUGAAUUUCUAGGUGUAUCCUGAGUGCCGAACUGGUGUGAUUCUGCAAACUCAUAGCCAAACUCACAACAAAACAUGACAAGCCUUUCGAGGUUUAGUGGCUGCCCUCUCUCUUGCGUCAACCCCGGAGAGAGCAAUACUGAACCCAGCGUGGUGCUGCCACCUUUGGCAGGAGAGCACAUGGGACACCCCACUGGCAGUUCCUUAAAACUCUGCCCCUCGCACAAUUUGCGAGACUACCCCGAGACGAGGUCCAGUGCAUAUGUUGACCAUUCGGUUCCCAAUUUUUCAGACUCUGGAUAUCCCAGCCACCGGUUAGAGCACAGCCCUAGGGGCAUUAUCAUUGGAGCCAAUCUUUCUGGAGCCGGCAUGCCACCCGUCACUGAUCAACUGGCAUCAAGAGCUAACCAACAUGGCGGGAUUGGAAGGUAUCGCGACUUUCCUGGCUGCAGGGACAACAGAAGCCAUGCUUUUUUCACAAGUUAUCAGGAGCAGGCCCACGCCUCCACCGACGCAUCUCGAGAUCUCGGCAGCCAGAUGAUGCUGGGUCUACCUGGCGACCUCCUCACCCGGACUCACCCUUACGGCCAAGCUAUCAACCCCAAAGGAAACAGUCAGCAACUUGUCACACAAUUCCUGGGUCUGUACAAACCCAUCAACAUGGCAAUUCAGCGUGGAGGAGGCGACGCUUUCUUCAGGUGCUCCAAGCAAACAGUGAAGCAUGAGCUGGUGUGCAAGUGGAGUGACGGCCAAGAGGGGGCUGGGAAGCUGCCUUGCUCCAGAGCCUUCGGGACCAUGUAUGAACUUGUCACCCAUGUGACAGUGGAGCAUGUCGGAGGACCAGAGCACUCUGAAUAUGUUUGUCACUGGGAGAAUUGUGCGAGGGACAGGAAGCCUUUCAAAGCCAAAUACAAGCUGGUGAACCACGUCAGAGUCCACACAGGGGAAAAGCCCUUUCCCUGCCCCUUUCACGGCUGUGAGAAAGUUUUUGCAAGAUCAGAAAAUCUUAAGAUCCACAAGAGGACUCACACAGGUGAAAAACCUUUUAAAUGCGAGUUCGAGGGCUGCAACCGGAGGUUUGCGAACAGCAGCGACAGAAAGAAACAUUCUCAUGUGCACUCCAGUGAUAAACCCUACAUGUGCAAGGUCAGGGGCUGCGACAAGUGUUACACCCACCCAAGCUCCCUCCGAAAGCAUAUGAAGCUCCACUGCAACAAGGCCCACGACGCCAAAAGUGGAGACGCGCGCCCCGGUGACGGGGGUCACAUGGCUGAGGCCAGGUCAACCCGAGUCCCGGAUGGAGCCCAGAUCACCCCUCCUCAUCCUCCCACCUCCACUCAAGAUGUCCCCCUGUCCCCAGAGAGUCGAGACGAGUCGACCCUGAGGUCACGUUUCCAUCACACGUUUGACAGCAGUUUGGACUACUCCACACACAGGUCACAGCCCCUCUUGGACCCUUUGUUGCUACAGAGAGGCAGCUACAGGUCCCAGUCCUCCCAGCACCCCUGCGGCCAGACAGGUCACACAUUUGCCCAGAGCUCAAGGACUUUCCCCUCCACUUCUCCCUUUCAGAAGAGUAUUGUCAACGGAUGGUACACAUGCCACAGCGGCGUGGACUCUUUCCCACCAAAGCAAUGUAACAACAUCCCGUCUCUCUGAGUUCCUGCUGGGACACAUGCGGGCAACUUCAAAAAAAAAAAAAAGAAAAAAAUAAUAAUUAUAUAUACAUUGGGUCUAUUUUUUCCCCGUUACAGCAUACGACUUACAGCUGUUUCUGUAUUUACUCUCUGUAUUUUGGUGAAUGUUGUAUCAGAUAUUUUGUUGCACGCCCUGAGUCAUCUUACUGAAAUGUUGAAAUUGCGGAAUGUGCCGAGCUUUAUUUGUUGUUGUGAGGCCUGUUUGGUUUGUAGCCCACAGUUACAUAUCCCCACUGUGGGUUAGAGGAACUUUAACAAAGUGUAUAUGCCUAAUUGUUCGCUGUGUUACAUAAUAAUUAAAGAUACCUAGUGAGACAAAAAAAAAAACAAAACAAAACAAAAAAGGAUUUCAUGGAAUCUGCGUGUUGAGUCAUCUGAUUUUAUUGGACUGUGAAAAGAAGUCUUGCUGAAUGUAGCCCCAUGUGUUGGGGUCUUUGUUGAAUGUAAACUAAGUGUAAUGUAUGUCGGGAAGAUAGAAACAUUUUUCAUGUCAUUAUGUCGCAAGAUGAAAUAAAUAUCUGGAAGACUUUUAAGUUAAAAUCUGAGACCUAACAAGCGUCAUCGGCCUGGAGCAUCGUUUGCCUGUAAUUACAAUACUGCGAGGCUCAGUAUUUUUUUUUCUUCCCCUUCAUUAAGUUCAACUUUUCUCCCCGUUUUCAUUAAACAUGCGUAUCCUUGUUUGUAUUAUAUGUACAUUUCACAUUUACGUGAAAAGUAAGACCAGUGUGAGCAAAACCCAGUGUUCGUGGUACUUUUAAAAACGUUUAAUUAGCCUACAGUUCUACUGUACAUAAGCCUACUGUAUAAUUAAUUAUGUAUUCUAUAUUUUAUUAAAGUGUCUAUAUUCUCUUUGAUCAGGC